CGAUUGUUGCAAAUGUCGAUGCAAGAUGGAGUGAAGAGAUUUCCAUCUACGUCGAGGAUGGAAAGUUAGGCAACGACGGUCACCACGGGGGUGACGGGAAGGCGGGAUGACGGAGUGUCAGGUACAACAUCCCCACCUUCCGGACUUCCGGUUGUAGCCUUGCGGUGGCAGGAAGCACGGCGCUAAUGGAUCGUGACGAGCUAUGGGACUUGGUCGUACUUUCCUCGUUUGCAUCAAAAUUGCAAUUGCGGCAUCGCACUUGAUCCGGUCCGGCUUCCAUCAUGCCGAAUCCCGUCGUUCUUUCCGCCCCGUCACUGUCACCGGUUGCCGGGUUUCGAGAUCAUCCGUAACAUCUGAGGUCAUCACCAUUCACAAAAAUGGCAAUCACCCACGAGGCAGGGAUGUCACCGGCAUUGGUUCCAUCACCGCUAUCAGAUCAUCUACCCGUGUCGGACAUAACAUCAUUCUCCAGACGAUCAACAUCUACAUCUCCUCUACAAACAUAUGCAAGUUCAUGAAUUGCGACGAAUGUACCGAUACUACAUUGAAUGGGAAUGACGAUGGAGAUGAAGUCAUGAACGAAAAUCGCAUGUAGCAGCCUCCAAAUCUUUGGUGAGUUCCCCACGUCGCGUUACCACAGCCGCAGAGAAUUUCCUACUCUGGACAAUUUUCAACUUU